GCGAGGAUUUAAGCCAAGAAUUCAUAACAUUUCUGGUUAAUUUUUUGGUCUUGGUCUAACGUGAAAGAUUGCUGUAAUGUGGUCCCUGGAAAUCAUUUGUUUUCUUCUGUGUUUUGUACCCAGUUAUCAACAGUUCCCCCGCUUGUGCGCAACUCAGGAAGCCCUGCGCACCAAGGAGUGCUGCCCGCCUUGGGAAGGAGACGGCUCGGCCUGCGGUGCCAGCUCGGGCCGGGGCACCUGCGAGGAUGUGGUGGUCUCUGCGCACCCCGACGGGCCGCAGUACCCCUUCUCGGGAUUGGACGACAGAGAGAAGUGGCCCUUGGUUUUCUACAACCGCACAUGCCAGUGUACUGACAACUUUAUGGGUUUUAACUGCGGGGACUGCAUGUUUGGCUACUUUGGUGAGAACUGUAAUGAGAGGAGAGAGUCUCUGAGGAGGAAUAUAUUUCACCUGUCCAGGGCGGAAAGACUCAAACUCGUGUCCUACUUGAACCUGGCCAAGCAGACAAUUAGCAGGGACUAUGUUGUGGCGACGGGAACCUACAGGGAGAUGCAAAACGGAACCAACCCGAUGUUUGCCCAAGUGUCUGUGUAUGACGUGUUUGUGUGGAUGCAUUACUACGUGUCCCGGAAUGCGCUCUUAGGCGGGCCGGGGAAUGUGUGGACCGAUGUGGACUUUGGACACUGGGCGCCCGCAUUUCUCCCGUGGCACCGAGCAUACUUGUUGCACUGGGAGCACGAGAUCAGGAAGCUGACUGGAGACACGAGUUUCACCAUCCCGUACUGGGACUGGAGGGAUGCCCAGGGCUGUGACGUGUGCACAGACGAGCUGAUGGGGGACCGGAGCACACAGGAUCCCAGUCUUAUCAGCCCCGGCUCGGUCUUCUCAUCCUGGACGGUCCUGUGCUCCCAAGCCCAGGACUACAGUGCCAAAGGUGUGCUGUGCGAUGCUACAGAAGAAGGGCCCCUGCGUCGUAACCCUGGAAACCACAAUCGCAAUUUAGUGGAACGACUACCAACUUCAGAUGAUGUGGAGUUCACGCUGAGUCUGACCAACUAUGACACCGGACCAAUGGACCGCAGUGCCAACAUGAGCUUCAGAAACACUCUGGAAGGAUUUGGAGACCCUCGGACGGGGCUGGGAAACAGUUCUCGUUUGGGCAUGCAUGCUGCUCUACACGUGUACAUGAACGGAUCCAUGUCUUCAGUGCAGGGCUCCGCGAACGAUCCCAUAUUUCUGCUUCAUCAUGCGUUUGUUGACUGCCUUUAUGAGCAGUGGCUCAGGAGGCACAGACCAUCUCCAUCCCAGUAUCCGGAGUCAAAUGCUCCUAUAGGGCACAACAGCGAAUACCACAUGGCACCAAUCCUACCUCUGCACAGGAACAGAGACUUCUUCAUUUCCAGCAAAGACCUGGGAUAUGAAUACACCCACCUGCUAGAUGCUAGUCAAAAGCUAGCAGAAUCAUUGCACCCUUCCCUCGACGAGUUGCGGGACAUGUGGCCGUGGCUGCUUCUUGCAGGGCUUUGUGGAGGAAUUUUGACAAUAGCCAUAGCUGCUACGGUCCUAACUACAAAACGAUGGUACAAAGGAUCAUCCUGGUUGCGUGCUAGAAGCUGGAAACAUGCAUUUGCUCUCCCUGAAAGACAACCACUUAUCCGGAGCAAUGAAAUAGAGGAAACCAACCAACAUAACUACCAAACAACUAUGUGAAGGCAAAGCCUGUCUAGCUUAGCCUUAUCGAUCUAUGAAUUUUAAUAUAAAAGCACAGUGAAUUUUUACUUUGAACUAUAUGCUAACUAAAAACAACUUCUAUGAUAUCUGAUAUUUCCAAUAUAUUUAACUGUAUUACAAGUGGGAAUAAAAACCUGUGCAUGCAGUAACUUUCAAAAAUGGAUUAUGGGCAAUGUUAAGCUUUAAACAUGUUCCUCCUACAACUGGUAUCUUGUCAAACUCUACCAAGAAGAUCAUUUCUGACAUGGUCUUUACAACGUUUAUGGAUUUUUUCAAGGGACUGUUCCACAGUGACUCGUCACAUUUAUUCUCUAGAUUUCAUACAGUUUAGUUGAUUACCUUGAAAAUCAGGUCUGGAGUGUGUUGCAUCAGCCAUAUAUACACAAACAUUUAUUAUGGUUUAUUAAAAGCAUGUCAUGUGCAUAUAUACACAACUGCAAUUCAGAGUAAAGAGAAAAGUGUUUCA